AUCAAGACCUUUCCAGAUGCCAAGAAGCUAUGCAGCUCUAAUUGCUGACUGGCCUAUUGUGGUUUUAGGAGUAUGCACUGUACUAAUAGUGGUAUGUGCACUAGUCGGAAUUUUAGUACCAGAGCUUCCAGACUUCUCUGAUCCCUUGUUGGGUUUUGAACCAAGAGGUACAGAAAUCGGUCAGAGACUUGUCACUUGGAAUAACAUGGUGAAGAAUACAGGGUACAAGGCAACACUAGCAAACUAUCCUUUUAAAUAUGCUGAUGAGCAGGCAAAAAGGUGGUCAGAUAAUCAUUAUGAACGAGAGAGAAGAGAAGCAGAAUGGGAUUUCCAUAAAGAUAGCUUCUUUUGUAGUGUCCCAGGUGAUCGAUAUUCCCGUGUAGUGUUUACUUCUGCAACAGGAGAAGAUCUGUGGAGUUUGCAAGCAAUUAAAUCAAUGUGCAAUUUGGAUAAUGCUAGGAUUCGAUCUCAUCCUCAGUUUGGAGACCUCUGCCAGAGGACCACUGCAGCUUACUGUUGUCCUAGCUGGACACUGGGAAAUUACAUUGCAAUUCUGAACAACAGAUCAUCUUGUCAGAAAAUCACCAAGCCUGAUGUCUCCCAUACUCUAAAUUUGCUUAGAUCAUGUGCCAGAUACUAUCUUAAUGGAACUUUGACAGCAGAUUGCUGGGACUCAACAGCCAGAAGAAAGGAUCAGUUGAAAUGUACAAAUGUUCCACGGAAAUGUACAAAAUAUAAUGCUGUGUAUCAAAUCCUUCACUAUUUAGUGGACAAAGACUUUUUUAGUCCAAAGACAGGGAACUACCUUUUAAAGUACAGCAUGUUGUUUUCUCCCACAGAAAAAGGAGAGAGCAUGAUGAACAUUUACUUAGACCAUUUUGAGAAGUGGAAUUGUUCUGAUGGCAUCACAACCAUAACAGGAAUUGAAUUUGGAAUAAAACACAAUCUAUUCCAAGACUACCUUUUAAUGGAUACAGUGUAUCCUGCCAUUGCUAUCGUGAUUGUUCUUUUAGUCAUGUGCAUUUAUACUAGGUCAAUGUUUAUCACCCUGAUGACCAUGUUUGCCAUAAUUAGUUCAUUGAAUGCUUCCUACUUUCUUUAUCGGAUUGUAUUUAAUUUUGAAUUUUUUCCUUUUAUGAACCUUACUGCACUGAUUAUUCUCAUUGGAAUAGGAGCAGAUGAUGCAUUUGUCCUUUGUGAUGUCUGGAACUACACAAAAUUUGACAAACCUAAUGCUGAACUUUCUGAAACUGUGAGUAUCACGUUGCAGCAUGCUGCUCUUUCCAUGUUUGUCACCAGUUUUACCACUGCAGCUGCUUUCUAUGCUAAUUAUGUCAGCAAUAUUACAGCAAUACGAUGUUUUGGUAUUUAUGCUGGCACUGCCAUAUUGGUGAACUAUAUUUUGAUGGUUACUUGGUUACCUGCAGUGGUCGUGCUACAUGAGCGCUACUUGCUUAAUAUAUUCAGCUGUUUCAAGAAGCCACAACAGCGGGCAUGUCAUAACAAAAACUGUUUAACUCUGUUGUGCCAAAAAGUUCACAAGUUCAUACUUUCAGUUUCAGAAAUGUCUAGAAUAUUUUUUGAAAAAGUGCUUCCAUGUAUUGUUAUCAAGUUUCGAUAUGGGUGGUUGUUCUGGUUCCUUGCCUUAACUGUAGGUGGGGCGUAUGUUGUGUGUGUCAAUCCAAAGAUGAAAUUGCCUUCACUCGAACUUUCAGAAUUUCAAGUGUUCAGGGCUUCUCACCCCUUUGAGCGGUAUGAUGCAGAGUACAAAAAACUCUUCAUGUUUGAACGUGUCCACCACGGAGAAGAACUCCAUAUGCCCAUCACUAUUAUUUGGGGUGUUAUUCCAGAAGACAAUGGGGAUCCUUUAAACCCUAAAAAUAAAGGAAAGCUAACAUUAGACAGCAACUUCAAUAUUGCUAGUCCAGAUUCACAACGUUGGCUUUUGAAUUUCUGCCAAAAAUUAAGAAAUCAGUCAUUUUAUUUCCAGACAGAUGAGCAAGACUUUACUAGUUGCUUCAUAGAAACUUUUAAACAGUGGAUGGAAAAUCAAGACUGUGAUGAUGCUUCUCCAUCUCCCUAUCCGUGCUGCAGCCAAUCAACCUUUCCUUAUAAACAAGAAGUCUUUGAACUUUGUAUUAAGAGAGCUAUAAUGGAACUUGAAAGGCGUUCUGGGUAUCAUCUAGAUGGCAAAACACCAGGGCCUAGAUUUGACAUAAAUGACACCAUUAGGGCUGUGGUACUUGAGUUUCAGAGUACUUACCUUUUCACACUGGCUUAUGAAAAAAUGCGUCAGUUCUAUAGUAAGGUAAAUGCCUGGAUAUCAGAAGAACUAAAAAAUGCCCCUGUAGGUCUCAGCAGCGGAUGGUUUGUGAGUAGUUUAGAAUUCUAUGACCUGCAGGAUAGUCUUUCAGGUGGAACACUGAUUUCUAUGGGACUUUCUGUAGCUGUUGCAUUUAGUGUCAUGCUGUUUACGACUUGGAACAUUAUAAUAAGCCUUUAUGCUAUCUUAUCCAUUGCUGGAACAAUAUUUGUUACAGUUGGUUCUUUGGUGCUUCUUGGAUGGGAACUUAAUGUACUAGAAUCUGUCACUAUUUCUGUAGCUGUUGGCUUAUCAGUGGACUUUGCUGUCCAUUAUGGAGUUGCUUAUCGUUUAGCACCAGAACCUGAUCGAGAAGGAAAAGUGGUCUUUUCUCUCAGUCGCAUGGGUUCAGCUAUUGCUAUGGCUGCUUUAACAACAUUUGUAGCUGGAGCAAUGAUGAUGCCUUCUACUGUACUGGCAUACACUCAGCUGGGCACAUUCAUGAUGCUUAUCAUGUGCAUCAGCUGGGCUUUCGCAACAUUUUUCUUUCAGUGCAUGUGCCGUUGUCUGGGACCUCAGGAAAACUGUGGACAGAUUCCUUUACCCAGGAAACUGCAGUGCAAGGCUUUGUCUCCUACUUAUUCUUCAAGCCAAGUUGAAAAAGAGCAAAGCAAGGUACGACGGGGCAGCAAAUAUCAUUUAGGUCCUAGAGAUCAUGAUGCAGAAAUGGAGCAUGACAAUUAUGAGCUAGAACCACUGGCUACUAAUACAUGUAGUGUGACAGAAAAGACAUAUGAAGAAACCCCUUUCCACUCUAGGUUAUUAAAUGGCAAGUCUUUGCAUACAUGCACACUUUUACCAAACAACUCCACAGACAGUGAUACAAACCUCAAGAGUGAAGCUGACUCAGCAAUGAACCAGCCAUGCCCCGAUCAGCAGGCAUUAAGUCAAUUUUCUUUGAACAAGAACUGCAGGUGUCCAGAUUGUUACAAACAAAUAGCUGUGCAGUGGAAUCCACAGUUUUGCCAUCAGCUUCAAGAGUCCUUGUGUUACACUUGCUCCUCAGCAGGAAAUGUUAAAGUAAAAAGCUCCACAUCUGCAUUAGAUGCUGUAUAUCCUGUCACCGAGAGCUGCAUGCAUUCUCUUCAGUACGUUCACCACCAUCCUUGUCUGCAGGAGCAAACAAAAAAAACUUUGAUGCAAAAUUCACUCACUAAGAAAAUGUGCUUUUAUUCAGUCCAUCAGAUUCGGCCACAGGACAAACUGUCAAGAACACAAUCCAGUGGGCAUGUUGAUAGAGAAGAAAACACAAGAACUUUUUGCAAAGCAGGUACAUCAGCAGUUACCUGUGGAAAUAUUGGACUACUGCUAAAACCUUGCUCAGCCAUAAGUAUGGUACCAGUCACUGUAUGCCCAGGCCAGAGAACAUUAAAUAAAUGCAAUGUUAACAGUGAAUCAGGAUACACAGAAGUUGGUGUAAGUGAAAACCAUGAUCAUUGUGAACAGAAACUAACUCAGAAAAUAGAGCCAAAAAGUGAUCCAGACUUGACACAGAUUGAUGCAUUUCUUGAUAGGAGAAAUCAUGUCCAAAAUGAUCAAGGCACCAUGUGCACCUGUACUUCCAGAUGUAUUUUGCACAAGUCUUGCCCUGAAAAUUUGGAGCCUGUAAACAGAACUAUAGCAGUUAAGUGCAAUUCUGUUAACUUUUCCACAUCAAACACUGAAACCAGCAUGCCUGCUGUGUCAACACACACUGAACUUCCCACUGAGAGUUUGUGUUAAUAAAACAAAGUGGUUUCAGUUCAUAUUCAGUCAGCAUAUCAGAACUUUCUCUCCUUUACCUACAACAGUGGACGAUGCAUUUUCUUAUCAUAUGCAUAUAAAUGUGUGGACUGAUGAAUGUGCCAGAAUCAUUUAGUUUUGAUGAAAACACUAUGUAAUUGUAUUCACAAAUAGAUUAUUUUUUUAAAUGCAUUAUAAAGAGACAAUACACCUUUAAGUUAUGACUAACAUUUUUUAUGGUGAAUAACCUGAAAGGUUGUUUACUGAAAUGAAAAACACCUGGUUUGACUUAAGUUACAUUAAUAUAAAUGCGGUUUCAUGGAGACAUGUAUCUAAAUGGUGAUGUUGAUAUAAAUUAACUACUCAUUGCACUAAACAUUCUUUGCAUUAGUGGGACAAUCAAAAACUGUGAACUUGUGCACAAUAGAGUUUAUUGAUCAAAUGCUGUGUAAAUUCAGUUUUCACAAUGUAGUUGUUUGUUCCUUUGGUUGCUGUGUAUCAUAAUAUCCAAGUUUCACAGUUCAUGUAGUUCCUAGCCAUCAUGAUUCCAAGCAAGAUGAAUGAAUUCUCAUCUAUCCAUUGGGCAUGCCGGGUAUUUAUUUGGGAGUUUUAAAACUUAAAAAGUAUGUACUUUUCUUGAUGACACUUGUAUUCUUCUUUAUUUGGGGGGGGGGGGCUUUGUUUGUUUCACAGUAUGAGCUAUGAAUGUAUACGUGCCUUGUACAGUACCCUAAAUGUGCCAUUGUAAUAUAACCUGACAGGAUGAUUGAAUCGCAGUGUACAUUUAACCCCAAAAUGAGUUCAGUGAAAACACUUCCAUUUCAUUGCACUGUGCAUUUGGCUGGCAUCCUGCUACUGCUGCUAACUGGGUACAGUAAACCUACUUACCAGCUAAGUCUUGCUGUGCCUGAACAAACAGUCUUCACUGCUUCUGUUCAUAGCUCUAAAUCUGUUCAUUAAAUGAAUAGGCUUUUAAUUCACAUCUUAUUCUCUUGUUUAGGAGUUAUAUUCCCUGGAUAAUGAUUUUCCAUUUUUUUACCUAACCCUGACGAUACUUAUUUUUAUUUCUUAAGCUGCUUCAGUCUCUUUCCAUUGACUGUAUUCUCCAAAAAGUUUAUUUAAAUUAAAUGUAUUUUUUAUAGCUUUACUCAGUCCCUUCAUAUGAAAAUCACCUAGAAAAUUGUUUCUAAUAUUUAUGUAUUGCUGUGCAUCUUUUUAAUCUGGUAUUGUAGUGACAGUGGAUAGGUUUAUGGAUUUGACAAUAUAAAGACAAAUGAAAGAA